AUGUGGGUUAUCGACCCCUCUUUCUUUCUUUCUUUCUUUUCCUCUUUCUUUUUUCUUUCUUUUGUUUCUUUUCCUCUUUCUUUUUUCUUUCUUUCUUUCUUUCUUUCUUUCUUUCUUUCUUUCUUUCUUUUCUUUCUUUUUUUUUUCUUUCUUUCUUUCUUUCUUUUCCUUUCCUCUUUUUCUUUUUUCUUUUGUUUCUUUUCCUCUUUCUUUUUUUUCUUUCAUUCUUUCUUUCUUUCUUUCUUUCUUUCUUUCUUUAUUUUCCUCUUUUUCUUUCUUUUUUUUCUUUCCUUUCUUUUUUUUUUUUUUUUUCUUUCUUUUCUUUUUUUUUUCUUUUUCUUUUUCUUUCUUUCUUUUCUUUUUCUUUCCUUUUCUUUUUUCUUUUCUUUUGUUUCUUUUCCUUUUCUUUUUUUUUUUUUCUUUCUUUCUUUCUUUCUUUCUUUCUUUCUUUUUCUUUCUUUCUUUCUUUUUUUCUUUCUUUUGUUUCUUUUCCUCUUUCUUUUUCCUUUCUUUCUUUCUUUCUUUCUUUCCCUCUUUCUUUUCCUCUUUCUUUUUUCUUUCUUUUGUUUCUUUUCCUCUUUCUUUUUUCUUUCUUUCUUUCUUUCAUUCAAACUAAACGUAAACACAUUUUCUUUAUGUUUUUGCAAAUACAACUUUACUUUUCUUUCUUUCUUCUACUCCUACACACUUUCUUUCUUUCUUUUCUUUUUUCCUUCUACUUCUUUCAUUCUAUCUUUCUUUCUUUCUUUCUUUCUUUCUUUCUUUCUUUCUUUUCAUCCUACUUCUCUGUUUUCCUUUCUUUCUACUUCUACAUCCUUCAUUUUUUUCUGUAUUCUUCUUUCUUUCUUUUCAUUCUACUACUCCUUUUCUCAUUUUAUUUUACUUCUGCUUCCUUCAAUUUUCUGUGUUUUUCAUUCUUUCUUUCUUUCUUUCUUUCUUUCUUUCUUUCUUUCUUUCUUUCUUUCUUUCUUUUCCUUAUACUUCCCCUUUUCUCUUUUCUUUCUACUUCUGCUUCUUUCUUUCUUUCUUUCUUUCUUUCUUUCUUUCUUUCGUUCUUUUCAUUCUACUUCCCCUUUUGUCUUCCCUUCUACUUCUCUUUCCUUUUGCAUUUUUCUUUCAUUAUCCUUUCUUUCUUUCUUUCUUUCUUUCUUUCUUUCUUUCUUUCUUUGUACUUCUCCUUUUCUCUUUUCCCUGUACUUUUCUUACUUCUUUCAUUCUUUCAUUCUUUCUUUCUUUCUUUCUUUCUUUCUUUCUUUCUUUGUACUUCUCCUUUUCUCUUUUCCCUAUACUUUUCUUACUUUUUUCUUUCGUUCUUUCUUUCUUUCUUUCUUUCUUUCUUUGUACUUCUCCUUUUCUCUUUUCCCUGUACUUUUCGUACUUUUUUCUUUCUUUCUUUCUUUCUUUCUUUCUUUCUUUCUUUCUUUCUUUGUACUUCUCCUUUUCUCUUUUCCCUGUACUUUUCUUACUUUUUUUCUUUCAUUCUUUCUUUCUUUCUUUCUUUGUUUCUUUGUUUCUUUGUUUCUUUGUUUGUUUCUUUCUUUUCAAUAUACUUCUCCGCUUCCCUUUUUUUUACUUCUGUUCCUUACUUUCUUUCUUUCUUUCUUUCUUUCUUUCUUUCUUUCUUUCUUUCUUUCUUUCUUUCUUUUCAUUCCUCUUCCCUUUUUGUCUUUCCCAUCUACUACUCUUUCCUUCUGCAUUUUUCUUUCAUUAUCCUUUCUUUCUUUCUUUCUUUCUUUCUUUCUUUCUUUCUUUCUUUCUUUCUUUCUAAUUUUCCAGUCUUACACCGAACUUCACCCUUCCGGGUGUUUUUCAUUUUUCUAUUAA